CAAUGCCUUGCGUCGUACCUAUGGUUCCCGCAGGAAGAACGCCUUUGCGUGGGUGCGGUUAGCGCGGUUGCUAUGACGCCCUGGCUGCUUAGGCACCUGCCCCUGUAUUCUCUUGGGCCAGGAAUUUAGCGCCCCCCGGGACACCUUGCAGCACCUAAGAGAAAAUUUUUGAUGUUCUUCCUGAAGUUCCGACUCAUCCCCAAGAAGAAAAGCGUUCAUUCUUCCCCUUUUCCACAUUUCACGUCUUUUCCGCUUCUCUCCCGAGAAUGACCCGAAAGUACAGGAGGAGCGCCUGUCUGGCUCGGCAUUUCUAGCCCCAGGUUGGAGGGCUUCUGCCGUAAGGGUUCCCCGGUUUUCGCGGAGCCAGCUGCCAAAGGCAUUUAGUAUUUGGAUGCCGCUUGUAUUUAGAGAGCGGCUUAGAACACGCUCAGUGAGUUAGGUGGGCGUUGCUUUUCUCCAUUCACUGGUGAGGAGGCGCGCACCCCGACUGAGGACGACUCCCCAAGGCCCAGGCCGCUACAAAGUCCACGGAGGCUGUCACAGCUUACUUUUACUGCAGGCUAGUGAACAAAGAACUGCCGUUACCUGCUUUUUGGUCGAUGUUCGUCACGCAGAACCGUGAUUCCCGAUGAAGCUUUGGAGGCCCUUGGUAACCUCAGCGUCAGAGGUCAUCAACACAGUGAAGACAGGCUGAGGACUGCUGCCAGAAAUGUGGAGGCACUCACAGUGAAGCUUGUGGAAGAAAUGAAAGAAUAACAACUAAGAGCAUGCAGUUUUACAGGUGAAAGAAUACACAAACCAUGUAAUUUACCAGAAGGAAAAGAACCAUUUCUCAUGGUUAUGAAAAGGAACAUGAACAGCUUGGAUGUGAAUUUAAAGAGCUGCAACUCAAACGAAGCCCACGUAAAGGAAUCUGAAGAAAGGUCGUAUGAAGAAGGCUUGUCCAAAAGAGCUGUGAACAGCCCUAAUGAACAGAUUGCAUACUUACUGGUGGAAAGAAGUACACUCUUGGGGAAAUUGGAACUUACGGACUCUAAGACAGACUCUCAAAAACAUAUGAGCAGUAACUUACAGAAAGAAUUCCCCCAGUCUCAUAAUGAAGACCUGGAUAAAGACACAACAUCACAAAACUGCCUACAGAGAAAUGCUGAACAGAAAACACACAGGUUGGGGAUGGCCCAGGAAGAGAUCCAAAGGCUCACCGAUAAACUACAAAUGAAGGAGAAAGAACUGCAUAAAUUAGAUUCUGACCUUGAAAAAGCUCAACUAGAAAUUGGGAAACUGAAAGAAAAUCUGAUAAAACUGAAAGAAAAGGAUACAACCGACCUACAGAAAGCAAAAGAACAUAAUCAGAGACUGGAUGAGGAAAUCUUAGCUUUAAGAAAUCGGGUUCGAUCACUUGACUCAGAAAAAAAAUUUCUUGGAGAAAUGGUUGAAAAACUUAAAGCUGGGAUGUGUGAAUCUCCAAACAAUAAGCAACUUGGAAACCACUCCCCUGAAAAACCAGCAAGUGCUGAACACAGAGUACAGGAAUUACAAAACUCGAAGUCAGAACUUACAUGCCUUUUAAAUGAAAUUCAGAGUCUUCCAGGAGCAGCAGAAGGCAGAAAUCAUUUUUUAAUAGCAUAUCACCUGCUACAAAGAGAGAAUUCUGAUUUAAAAACAAAGUAUCUCUCAUCUGGAGAAAAACUAAAACAUGACCAGCAGGAGGAACUACAACAACUUCGCCAGAAUUUGCGUCGGCUUCAAAUCCUUUGCAGCUCAGCUGAAAAAGAGCUUCAAUAUGAGAGAGGGAAGAACUUGGACUUAAAGCAACAUAAUAGCUUACUUCAGGAAGAGAGCAUUAGGAUCAAACUUGAACUAAAGCAGGCCCAGCAGAAGUUGCUAGACAACACAAAGAUAUGCUGCUCUCUCACGGCAGAGUGGAAGCACAGUCAGCAGAAAAUCAGGGAACUGGAGCUGGAAGGUCUAAAGCAGGCUCAGAGCAUUAAAUCACAGAACAACCUGCAGGAAAAGCUGGCUCAGGAGAAAUCAAAAGUUGCUGAGGCAGAGGGAAAGAUUUUGGACCUGCAGCAGAAAUUAGAAUGCGCUCGUAAUGUCUGUCUCACAGACACUUGUACUCUGAGAAAGAAGCAACUAGAGGAAAAGAUCAAUGAAGCAAUAGAAAAUGAAGCUAAGUUAAAGCAGCAGUACCAGGAAGAGCAGCAGAAGAGGAAACUCCUAGAUCAGAAUGUAAAUGAACUACAAAGGCAAGUGAGAACCUUACAGGAGAAAGAGAAUCAACUGGAAACGACCAGUUCUCAGCAACAAGAAGCCUUACUUAAACAAUUGGAAAAUGAAAAAAGAAAAUGUGAUGAGUACAUCAAGAUCAACCAGGAAUUGUCAGUGAAGCUGUCUGGGUUGGUACAAGAAAAGGAAGCUCUGUGGGAAGAACACGAACGAUACCUGGAGCAGCUUGACAAACACAUGAGAAACUGCAAUGAAAAGCAUCACCACCACAAAGCCAAGUUUCGAAAGGCCAAGGAUCAUUUAGUCCAUGAAGUAGAAAUACGAAAUAAGAGAAUUAAACAACUUGAAGAUGAAACUGGAAUACUGCAACAAAGAGUUAAAUUGGAGAAGGCAUUUCAGGACCAGAUCUUGGCCCAGAAUGAUAUCCUACUCCUAGAAAAAAGGAAGCUUCUAGAACAAGUCACCAAUCAAGAAGAACUGAUCAGCAGCAACAAAAGCAUAAUCUCUUCAAUCCAAAGCAAAGCAUUUUUCUUGGAUAAAGAAAAUAAGCAACUACAGGAAAAUCAUUUCCGUCUCAUGCAGCAAGUUGUCCUCUUAGAGCGCAUUUUAUGGAGUGUCCGGAUUCAUAGAGGAGAGGAAAUAGUUAGUGACAUUCCUGAGUAUGAAGUAUUGAAUAAAAUACUGCCUUUACCAAACUCUAGUUCCUCAGGAAUAGGUUUGGUAGAGUCAGCUGGAAAUCAUCAAGAAAAUGAAGCAUAUAAGCCAGAAGCAGCAACAACAAUCCCAGAGUCCCCUGCGUCUCUUUCCCACUCACAGAAUUCUGAAACUGGAUACAUAAAUGUGGCUUCCCUGAAACAGACACACAGCAUACAAGAGCAAGACCAAAAGUCAAAACUAUAAAAUUACUGGUGGCUCAGACUAUACUGAUCAAAACCUGCUAAUUUAAAGCUUGGACACAAAGGCAGACUAUAAUAUGGAGAAGAGUUUCCACAGAUUUCAAAUCUCUAGUAGACAUCAACCAAGAGUCUUCAAAAUUGCUGAUAAAUUAAUUAAACAAUUUCUAAAAAUAGAUUUCUCAAAUUUGUUUGAUAUCCUCAGAUGUUUUGUAUUGCUCAAUGUAGUGACUUAAGUUUAAUGAUUUAAUGAGGCUUCUCUUCAGCAGAACAUAUAAUGGUUGGGCUGGGGAUUUAGCUCAGUGGUUCUGCUGCCUACCUUGCAAGCAUGAGGUUCUGAGUUUGAUCCCUGGUACCAAAAAUAUAAAUAAGUAAAUAAAAGAACACAUUAUGGUUAACUCAGCAUUCAAAAGUAAAAACAAUGUAUUUUUAAAUGAACAAAAAAAGGCCUAU